AUGGGUCUCAACGAUAUCAUCCAAGCCUCGCCAAUUGGCCGCUUCUUCGAACUCGAAGAGCGCAAAACUAACUUUUCGACCGAAUUUCGCGGUGCGGUCGCCACCUUUUUGACCAUGGCUUACAUCUUGGCCGUCAAUCCUGCCAUUUUGGCCGACAGUGGAGGCCCUUGUGUGGCUGCGGAUGGAAACAUCUUCUCUCCCGACUACUUGGCCUGCAAGGAUGCAAUCAAAAGGGAAUACAUUACCGCCACUGCCAUUUCUGCCAUGAUCGGCUGCUUUGUCAUGGGAGUCAUGGCUAACCUCCCCGUCGCACUCGCACCUGGUAUGGGUUUGAAUGCCUACUUUACUUUCGGCGUCGUUGGUUUCCAUGGAACUGGAAAGAUUGGUUUUGAAGCAGCAGUCACUGCCGUUCUCAUUGAAGGUUUCAUCUUUUUGAUUUUGGCCUUGACGGGAGUCCGUUACUUUGUCGCCAAGCUCAUUCCCGAACCCGUUCGCCAUGCCACUCCAGCUGCCAUUGGUGCCUUUUUGGCCCACCUUGGUUUCCAAACGGCCGAAGGUAUUGGAAUUGUGGUCGGUGAUGUUGCUACCGCUGUCACCUUGGGAGGCUGCGCAGAAGAAGAUCGAGUGUCCUUGGUGGCCCUCGAUGAAGCUUGCUUCAACAAUGGUGGAUUCGACUGUAUUCCUGGAGGAACCUACACUUGUGACAAUACCGAAUCCUCCAUGACCAGUGCCACUGCCUGGGUUGGAAUUCUUGGUUUGCUUCUUACUGGUAUCCUUCUUUCCUACAAGAGUCGCUUUGCCUUUGUCGUUGGUAUUGGUUUCAUUUCCAUUAUCAGUUGGUUCCGCAAUACUGAAAUUACCUACUUUCCUGACAAUGACGCUGGAAACGCAAGAUACGAAUACUUCCAACAAGUCGUUUCCAUUGAAAAGUUGGACAAACUAUUGGUUCCCUUCUCAGAUGACUUGAAGCAAGUUGCCGUCGCCUUGAUCACCUUUUUGUAUGUCGACUUUUUGGAUACUUCUGGUACUCUUCUCGCCAUUGUUUCUUCCAUGGGAGUUGUCGACGAAAAUGGUGAUUUCCCCAAGAGUCGCUGGGCCUUUUCCGCCGAUGCCAUUGCCACCAUUGUUGGAUCCUUGUUUGGACUCAGUCCCGUCACAUCCUACAUUGAAAGUGGUGCCGGUGUCGAAGCGGGGUCCAAGACUGGUCUUACCGCUGUCAUUGUCGGAUUCUUUUUCUUUUUGAGUAUCUUUUUUGCUCCCAUCAUUGCCAGUAUUCCACCAUGGGCCACUGGUGGAUCUUUGAUCAUUGUUGGAGCUCUCAUGUCUCGAUCUUUGAUCAAGAUCAAAUGGCACAUUCACUCUCACGCCAUUUCCGCAUUCAUCACGGUCAUGCUCAUGCCUUUGACCUACUCCAUCGCCUAUGGUUUGAUUGGAGGUAUGCUGUCCUUUGCUGUUUUGGAAGGUACCUUCUGGAUCUUGAGCAAGGUUGGUAUUGCACCACCUUCCUACGACGAACCUGGUGAUGAAGGCGAAGGCAAGUCUGCCGCUGGAGAAGAAGACAAGGAGGAAGCAGCUGAAGCUGGUGCUGAAGAGACCGCCCCUCCUGCUGAGACUAGUGGUGAGGACGCUGCUCCAAAUAAAUCCGAGGAAGCUAACGCCUAA